AUGGCGCUGGUGCCGGGCAAAGAAGGUGGAGAUGAAGAGCAGGACGUUGGGUUCACCAUCGAUAUCAAAAGCUUUCUCAAACCUGGCGAGAAGAGCUACACGCAGCGCUGCCGGCUGUUCGUGGGGAAUCUGCCUACUGAUAUCACCGAGGAAGAUUUCAAGCGCCUAUUCGAGCGCUACGGGGAGCCUAGUGAGGUCUUCAUCAAUCGGGACCGUGGCUUUGGCUUCAUUCGCCUGGAAUCUAGGACACUGGCUGAAAUAGCAAAGGCAGAACUUGAUGGUACUAUUUUGAAGAGCAGACCACUUCGAAUUCGAUUUGCUACACAUGGAGCUGCCCUAACGGUCAAGAAUCUUUCACCUGUGGUUUCUAAUGAGCUGCUGGAACAAGCAUUCUCUCAAUUUGGGCCAGUGGAAAGAGCUGUUGUCGUAGUAGAUGAUCGUGGCAGAGCUACAGGAAAAGGUUUUGUAGAAUUUGCAGCAAAACCUCCAGCACGGAAAGCUCUAGAAAGAUGCAGUGAUGGGGCAUUCUUGCUAACAACAACACCUCGACCUGUUGUUGUAGAACCAAUGGAACAAUUUGAUGAUGAAGAUGGGCUCCCAGAGAAGCUAAUGCAAAAAACACAACAGUAUCACAAAGAACAGCCUCCACGUUUUGCUCAGCCUGGAACAUUUGAGUUUGAGUAUGCUUCACGGUGGAAGGCUCUUGAUGAGAUGGAAAAGCAACAGCGUGAACAGGUUGACAGGAACAUUAGAGAAGCCAAAGAGAAACUAGAGGCAGAAAUGGAAGCAGCUAGACAUGAGCAUCAGCUAAUGCUGAUGAGGCAAGAUCUCAUGCGACGCCAAGAAGAAUUGAGGCGUUUGGAAGAACUUCGAAAUCAAGAACUUCAAAAACGCAAGCAGAUACAAUUGAGACAUGAAGAAGAACAUCGACGUCGUGAAGAAGAGAUGAUGCGUCAGAGGGAACAGGAGGAAUUACGACGACAGCAGGAGGGAGGAUUUAAGCCAAAUUUCAUGGACAAUAGAGAACAGGAAAUGAGAAUGGGUGAUAUGGGUCCUCGUGGAGCAAUAAACAUGGGAGAUGCGUUUAGCCCAGCACCUGCUGGUAACCAAGGCCCUCCUCCAAUGAUGGGUAUGAAUAUGAACAACAGAGGAACUUUACCUGGCCCUGCAAUGGGUCCUGGUCCUUCCAUGGGACCAGAAGGAGCUGCAAAUAUGGGAACACCAAUGAUGCCAGAUAAUGGAACAGUGCAUAAUGAGAGAUUCCCUCAAGGAGGUCCAUCACAGAUGGGUUCACCUCUGGUUAGUAGAACGGGCUCUGAAACUCCUCAGCCGCCAAUGAGUGGUGUAGGUGCCGUGAGUGGUGGACCUGGUGGCUUUGGUAGAGGAAACCCAGGGGGCAACUUUGAAGGACCUAACAAGCGUCGCAGAUACUAAAACUUAUUUCAUUCCUUACUGUUCAGAAAUUCCAGUAAAAAAAAUACGGCAAUAUGCCUUCAUAAUUUUAGCUGUUAUCUGGAAACGGUUUUAUUGUUAUUGUAGUCUUUAAAACAGUUUCUUUUGUAAACCUUUUUUUGUAUUCAGUCAUAGGCUUUGUAGUAUAGAGCAGAAAUGACGCAGAUCAUUAUGUAAGGCAAUGUGUUUGUGACUCUAGCAAAAUACAAUGUGUGACUAUGCUGUAAAAUGUGCCGUUAUCUGAUUACAAUAAAAUACAAAAAUCACUUGAAAGGA